AUGCCCUCGGAAUCGAAUGAAACCUUGUACAAUGACAUGCAGCCUACCUCGACGCGUGAAGAUGACUGGGCACUGGCUGGGCAAGUCAGGUCCUAUCACCAGCGGGAUUCAGCCUCGAACAGAGAACGAAAGUUGGGAGUCACCUGGUGCAAUUUGACUGUUCGAGUUCCCCGCUCUGACGCCAGCAUUCAAGAGAAUACCUUGUCACAGUUCAAUCUUCCGAAGUUAUUUGAAGAAUCUCGACGAGAAACACCACUCAAGACUAUUUUGCAUGGUUCCCAUGGCUGCGUUAAACCAGGCGAAAUGUUGCUUGUACUUGGUCGUCCAGGCUCUGGGUGCACUACUUUGCUGAAGAUGCUGGCCAACCGGAGAGGCGGAUAUCCGUCAGUUUCUGGGGAGGUUUGGUACGGAUCAAUGAGUCAUCUGGAAGCGAAGCACUACCGGGGCCAGAUUGUGAUGAACACCGAGGAAGAACUUUUCUUUCCCACGUUGACGGUGGGCCAAACCAUCGAUUUUGCUACACGAUUGAAAGUCCCAUUUCACAUCCCAAAUGGCGUUCAGUCCGCGAAAGAGUAUCAACAACAAGCCAAGGAUUUCCUGCUGGAAUCCAUGGGUAUCGCGCACACAAGCGAUACCAAAGUCGGAAAUGAAUUCGUUCGAGGAGUUUCUGGCGGGGAGAGAAAACGGGUCUCCAUUAUCGAGUGCCUGGCCACUCGAGCAUCGGUGUUUUGCUGGGACAACAGUACCAGAGGCCUCGACGCAAGUACAGCCCUGGAAUACACCAAAGCCAUUCGAGCUAUGACCGACAUCCUCGGCCUGACUACGAUUGUCACGCUAUAUCAAGCGGGAAAUGGCAUUUACGACCUCUUCGACAAAGUUCUGGUGCUAGAUGGCGGGAAGCAAGUGUACUAUGGGCCAAUGCGAGAGGCAAAGCCUUUUAUGGAAGACCUUGGCUUCCAUUGCCCUGAAGGGGCAAAUGUGGCAGACUUUCUGACGGGGGUCACUGUCCCGACAGAAAGACAGAUCCGACCGGGCCACGACAGCCAAUUUCCCAGAAAUGCCGACGAGCUCCUCCAGCAUUACGAGAGAUCUCACAUUUGCGAGCAUAUGUCGGCCGAGUACGAGUUCCCUAGUCUGCCGUUGACCGAGGCGAACACCAAGGCGUUUCAGGAAUCCGUCACCUACGAAAAAGACAAGAGGCUCCCUCGUACCAGCCCUUUGACAACCGGUCUGGUGACACAGAUAAAAGCUUGCGUCAUUCGUCAGUAUCAAAUCAUUGCCGGCGACAAAGCGACAUUCUUCAUCAAACAGAUCUCCACCAUCGUUCAAGCGCUGAUUGCCGGUUCGCUUUUCUACAAUGCUCCCGGAAAUUCCGCAGGCCUUUUCAUCAAGGGUGGCGCUCUCUUUUUUGCUUUGUUAUACAACUCUCUGAUGAGCAUGUCUGAAGUAACCGACUCUUUCUCCGGGCGCCCGGUCAUGGCCAAGCACAAGUCCUUCGCCUUGCAUCAGCCGGCAGCUUUUUGUGUCGCUCAAAUAACGGCAGAUAUCGUGCCUUUGCUGGUACAGGUCACAACUUUUUCAGUCAUUCUCUACUGGAUGGUUGGUCUAGGGGCGAGUGCGGGCCAAUUCUUCACCUUUUGGGUGGUUGUCUUCGCUGCUACAAUGUGCAUGACUGCUUGUUUCCGUGCAGUUGGUGCAGCUUUUCCCACUUUCGAUGCGGCCUCCAAGGUGUCUGGUUUCUUGAUUGCUGCCCUGAUCAUGUAUGUCGGCUAUAUGAUCGCCAAACCCGACAUGCACCCCUGGUUCGUCUGGAUAUUCUGGAUUGAUCCUUUGGCCUAUGGAUUUGAUUCACUUAUGUCCAGCGAGUUCCAUAAUCAGAUCAUUCCCUGCGUUGGAACCAAUAUCGUACCAAGUGGGGAAGGAUAUACAGACUCCCAGUAUCAGUCCUGCGCAGGCAUUGCCGGCGCAGUCCAAGGAGAGACCUUCGUCGCCGGAGAAGCCUAUCUGAAGUCACUUUCGUACGGUCAUUCGCACGUCUGGCGCAACUUUGGUAUCAUAUGGGCCUGGUGGGCCCUUUUUGUCGCGAUUACGAUCUUCUUCACCUCAAGAUGGAAAUCUGAUUCCGAGAGCGGCAGCAAAAUUCUGAUUCCUCGGGAGAAUGUCCACCUGGCUCGUCAUAUCCUCCAAGAUGAGGAAUCGCAAACGCCAGAAAAGCAAGUCAUCAGCUCAGAUUCCUCUCUUCAAGAGCGUGGCACCGACUCGAAGAACACCGAGGAGGAUCUGAUACAAAACAGCUCGGUCUUUACGUGGAAGAAUCUAUCCUAUACAGUCAAGACGCCUCACGGUGAUCUCAAGCUCCUUGACAAUGUACAAGGAUGGGUGAAACCGGGGAUGCUGGGUGCUUUGAUGGGAGCUUCUGGGGCCGGAAAGACCACGUUACUUGACGUCUUGGCCCAGCGGAAAACCGAAGGAACUAUUCAUGGCUCGAUCCUAGUCGAUGGCCGACCUCUUCCUGUUUCGUUCCAGCGUUGUGCUGGGUAUUGCGAACAGCUUGACGUCCACGAGCCUUACGCCACAGUUCGUGAAGCACUGGAAUUUUCGGCUUUACUCCGACAAUCACGGCACGUCUCACGGGAGGAGAAGCUUAGGUACGUCGACACUAUUAUCGGUCUUUUAGAACUUCAGGACAUUGAGAAUACCUUGAUUGGAUUUCCUGGAGCCGGAUUAUCCGUCGAACAGCGGAAAAGAGUCACAAUCGGUGUCGAGCUCGUCGCCAAGCCUAGCAUUCUUAUCUUUCUCGACGAGCCAACCUCAGGACUUGAUGGACAGUCUGCGUACAAUACUGUACGAUUUCUUCGCAAAUUGGCGGACGUCGGUCAAGCGGUCCUGGUGACCAUUCACCAACCAUCCGCUCAACUCUUUGCCCAAUUUGACACACUGCUCUUACUCGCCAAGGGCGGGAAAACCGUGUAUUUUGGAGAUAUUGGUGACAAUGGGGCUACUGUUAAGGAGUAUUUCGGACGAUAUGGAGCUUCUUGCCCACCCAAUGCCAAUCCGGCCGAAUUUAUGAUCGAUGUCGUCUCCGGCCACUUGUCUCAGGGUCGCGAUUGGGCCCAAGUGUGGCUGGAUUCGGCCGAACAUGAGAAAGUGGCCCAGGAACUUGACGACACGAUCAACAAGGCCGCAUCCAAACCUCCCGGGACACACGACGAUGGCUUUGAAUUUGCCAUGCCUUUGUGGUCGCAGAUCCAGAUUGUAACUCGACGGAUGAAUCUGGCUUUGUUCCGCAAUACGGACUAUACCAACAACAAGUUUGCUCUCCACGUCGGCUCCGCCCUUUUCAACGGCUUCUCAUUCUGGAGGGUGGGCGAAGGCGUCGGCGACCUCCAGCUGAAACUAUUCACCAUUUUCAAUUUCAUUUUUGUCGCUCCCGGUGUCAUCAACCAACUUCAACCCCUGUUCAUCGAACGCCGGGACAUUUUCGAAGCCCGAGAGAAGAAAGCCAAAAUGUACAGCUGGAAAGCCUUCGUCACGGCUUUGAUCGUCUCCGAGAUCCCAUAUCUCUGCAUCUGUGCCGUCCUCUACUUUGUCUGCUGGUACUACACAGUCGGUUUCCCCAACAACAGCAACAGUGCCGGGGGCACCUUUUUCGUCAUGCUCUUCUACGAAUUUGUGUACACAGGCAUCGGGCAGUUCGUUGCGGCGUAUGCCCCAAACGCAGUCUUCGCCUCUUUGGUCAACCCUCUUCUGAUUGGAAUCCUCGUGUCGUUCUGCGGCGUCCUCGUGCCCUACGACCAAAUCCAGGCAUUCUGGCGUUAUUGGUGUUACUAUAUCAACCCAUUUAAAUAUAUUAUGUCCUCUAUCCUUGUUUUUACUCUCUGGGAUACGGAUGUCGCCUGUAAGGAGAAUGAAUUAUCAACAUUCGACACCCCCGGCAAUGUCACGUGCCAGGAAUAUCUUUCCGACUACCUCCACAGCAACCAAGGCAAACUCGCCCACUUACUUAAUCCAAAUGAUCGGGCCAACUGUCAAGUCUGCCAAUACAAAACCGGAGCAGAUUAUCUGUACACGAUUAAUCUCAAGAACGAAUCCGACGGAUGGCGAGACGCUGGGAUUGUGGUCGUUUUCGCCAUCAGCUCAUACGUUCUGGUGUAUUUAUUGGAUGAAGCUAAGGACCAAACAUAG